GCGCGGAAGUUAAACGAACUUCACAAUGUGAAUCGUCGCCAUUAACAGUGAACUUGAGGAAAAGUAGCGACUGUCUGAGUUUGAACUCCAAUAUGACAUUACAUGUUUAAACAUUCCGCUCUCAAGAGUGUUUAACCUCCGUCUGAUCGAGCUGCAGUGAGAAUGGACGGACUGAACCGAUUGCGGUCCGAUCUGAUUCGCGAUGACUCUCUGGACGGGUGGACUGUGAUCGGAUGCGGCGGGUUCGGACAGAUCUACCGAGCAAAACACAAGGGAUGGGGAUUCGACGUGGCGAUCAAAUUAUUGCUUAACAAUGAUGGCAGGUCAACAUCAUCUCUUCAAAAGGAAGCUAAUCUGAUGCUCCAGGCCAGAAAUCCAAACGUCCUGUGGAUCUACGGCUUGUACGAGGGGCGUCUGGGCGAUGAACUUCGUGAGUCUCAGGUGGGCCUGGUGAUGGAGUACAUGUCGAGGGGUGCUCUGUCUGAUCUGCUGAAGGUGUAUGGACCCCUGCCAUGGCCUCUGACUUUCCGCAUCACUCAUCAGAUCGGUCUGGGAAUGAACUUCCUGCAUAAGUUGGACCCUCCCCUUUUACACCUGGAUCUGAAGCCCGGUAAUGUGCUGCUGGAUGACAGUCUCAAUGCCAAGCUCACAGAUUUCGGACUGUCACGAGUCGCUCGAAGUCUUUCUAAAAGUGUCCGAGAGAAAGAUGAAGUGGAGGGUGGUGGAACUCUGAGCUACAUGCCGCCUGAAGCGCUGAAGUCUGUGAAUUACAAACCAAACAAUGCUUCGGACAUUUACAGUUAUGGUGUGUUAUUGUGGUCCAUCUGCACUGGAAGGGAGCCAUACCUUGAUACUCCCUCGAGUCUGGUGCGCUUCCGGAUCCCUCAGGGUGACAGGCCUGAAUUGACAUCAAUCGAUUGCAGCAAGGCCAAAAGCCUGGAUAAAAUAGUUAAACUCAUAUCAACGUGCUGGGCUCAAGAACCCAACCAGAGACCAACAUUCAGAGAUUGCGUUCAUGUGACUGAAAAGGUCUUCGACAUACACAAACAUGGAGUGAACAAAGCUGUUCAUGAUGUUCUCAAAAAACUGAACGGUGACAUCUGUUCCGGUUUAGAAUCAGUCCAGAUCACCCCUAAACCACAGAAUGUGCAUCCUCGGGUUUUGUCCGGUGCCACCGGUCCUUCGCCGCAGCAGGACGCAGUCGCCAGUCAAAACACUGAGGGCAUAAAAAAAGAAUCUUUUCCUCACCCCGUCAUGUUUGAGGCACCUCACCGCAACAAAACAACACCGCGUCAAUCAUCAACACCAGACUUCCUCUCAGGAGGCGUCUCAAUCAAUCUGUCCAACGUCAGUGGGGUUCAGCUCGGCAACAACAACUACAUGAAUAUUACUCAUAGAUCCCGUCAAAGGCACCGAACGGCUCCGUCCAGCAUCAACGGAUCUCACGAUCAGUCAGAGAACUCGUAUAAGAAGACCGAGUCCCAACCGCAUUGUAACAAUCUUCCCAGAAAAGAAAAGAAAUAAUAAUAAUAAUAGUUUUCUGUUUAAGUGGUUGGGUUUCGAUCCUUUCGAUCCUUCAUCCUGGCUCAGUGUUUCAUCAGAAAAGCUUUUGCUCUUUUCUAAACUAAGUCCUGUGUGUUUGGAGACUUUUAAACAGGAUUUUACAGAAAUUGUCCAUAAAUAUGGUGAAAGUGACAAUCUACAAAGAAAUAAGGUUAGGGUUUUUUGUUACUGUAUUUUUCAUUCAUUCUUGAGAAUAAAUAAAUAAAACUAAAUCUGCAUGCUGUAGAUUAAACUGUGUGUCAGCCCUCAAUCCCAAAUUAACAUGUAACCAAAGGGCACAAUUUUGGUGAAUCAAGGGUCAGUUACAUUUUAAAGGAACAGCAUUUGAUAACCACAAAAUGAACUUUUCUUUAAUAAAAGCACAAAUGUGUGUUCCAGUGAGACACUUACAAUGGAAGUCAAUGGGGUUUAAUCUGUAAACAUUAAAAUACUCAGUUUCAAAAGUAUAGACACAAGACAUAAACAAUAUCUGUGUUAACAUGAUUUUAAAUCAGUUAAAAUCACUUACUAAUGUUGUGGAGAAACCUCUCGAAGUCAGGGGUUCUGUAAUGUUUAAUGUGUGUGUUCAUGUUUAUUGAUGUCUUCAUGUCUUUUAUUUUGAAAAGUCCAGUUCCUGGUUCUUGUCAUGUGAUUUCAUGUCUCCCUCCAUGUUCGUGUGUCUUAUUUUCAUUGGUUCAUUGUUUGAUUACUUUGUUAUCAAUUCUAGUUUGUCAUUGGUUUUAGUUUAUUGUCUUGUUAUCUUGUUUAGAGUUCUGUUUGAUCGUUGGUUUAUGUUCUCCUAUAUCAUGUAUUUAAGCCCUCAUGUUUACCAUUGUCAUUUGUCUAGUAUUGUUUGUAAGUGUAACUUUGUUUGAAAAAUGCCAAGCACCAUUUAUGCCAAGCCACAUUUAUGUCUAGUUAGUUCUCAUUUAUAGUUAGGGUUUUGGUUUUGCGUUUGGGUUCUUCACUCCUUCGUCAUCGACCUUGCCAGCACCAUUACAGGUUCCAAGUGUCAAAGGUUAGAGAUUAUUGAGCAAACCAACCAACCUGAGAUGUCCGCUGAGAUCUGACUCUCGAUCAGAACCCUAAUUUUUUUUAUUCAGUCUGUUAUCUAGCAUUACCUCAUGUCUAUGCCCCCUUAAUAUGUUUUGUAGCCAAUGGAUACUCCCUGCCGCCAUUAUUUCGCAGAGCCUCUGACUUCAUUUUAGUAGUGGAAACCUGGCUUUUAGUCCAUUUUUAAAGAUAACCGUUUAAAUUCAUAUAUUUUGAAAGUAUAAAUUGAGUAAAUCAAAUAUCACAAAAAGUCUCACUUCUAUCGCCCUUUACCUGAGUGCAACCUCACAAACUAGUCUCCUUCCGGUAGCCUGGAGCGCUAUCUGGUGCUGUUGGAGCAGACAGCGGGUUUUUAAACCUCCAGUAGACUCUUGCCCUUGCAGCUAAGCACUGAGGUGCUCGUCGAUCCUCUCUUUGUGAUUUUAAUUCUCUGGCCCCCCCAGUGGCACUUCCAGUGUUUUUCAGAGUUCAUAAAUGCCACUCUGGGGAGAUCUCAUACCUGCGGUUCAUGCAAGACGACCAAAGACUUUGCAUGACCUGGAGACAUUUUGCCAAGACGAAUGGGCAGCUAUACCACCUGCAAGAAUUUGGGGCCUCAUAGACAACCAUUACCAAAGACUGCACGAUUGAUGCUAAAGGGGUCAAUACACAGUAUUAAGAUCUAAGGGGAUGCAGACAUUUGAACAGGGGUCAUUUCUUUUUUCUUUGUUGCCAUGUUUUGUUUUAUGAUUGUGCCAUUCUGUUAUAACCUACAGUUGAAUAUGAAACCCAUAAGAAAUAAAAGAAAUGUGUUUU